AUGAGGCCGUACCAUUCCUCUUCAAAACGAAAUAUUUAUCAUCAUCAACAAGUGACUCAUAGGUCUAUAACAGAAACACAGUCCCAUUCUAUAAAAACCCCAUUCUACUUUCCCAUACACGCCUUACAAACGAGCAACUCAACUGCCUCAUCACCCGCACUUACACGCUCAUCUUACAACCUUUUUUUCCCCUCACCUUUCACAAUGUCCUGCACUGAAUGCAUCAAGGGAUCUAUCCAUGCCGGCCUCCCCCAAGGCAAGGAAGAGAUUAUCCACGGCCUCAACACCUACGUCGUCGGCAACCGCGUCAACCCCAAGGCCAUUGUCGUCGUCUACUCCGACAUCUUCGGCCUCCCCCUACCCAACAAUAAGCUUCUUGCAGACGCCUACGCCCGCAGCGGCGAGUAUCUAGUUUACCUGCCCGAUUUCUUCGAGGGCGACCCUGUUGCUCUCAAGGUCGCCGAUACGCUCAUCCCCGUCGACGCCAGCAAGCAGAGUUCGCUCAGCAAGUACACGGGCAUGCUGGCCAUGGCACCCGCCUUCAUCAUGUGGAUGAGUCGCCACAAGGAGGCUCCCACAAACAAGACCUGCAUGGACUUUUUGGCAAAACUGCGCCGCGACACUCCCGCAGAGCGCAAGAUUGGCAUGGUCGGUUUCUGCUGGGGCGGCCGCUACGCCAUCCGCGCCGGCCAGGAAAGCAACAUGAUUGAGGUCAACGGCACCAAGAAGCCGCUUGUCGAUGUCGUUGUGGCCAUGCACCCUAGCAAUCUGGUCAUGCCGCAGGAUGUCGACGCACCCGUUGUGCCCAUGAGCAUCGGAUGGGGAUUCGAGGAUGUCGGUGUCAAGAUUGAGCUCAACGGCAAGAUGGAGGGUAUCCAUGCCCAGGCUAAGGCCGGCGGCAGACAGUUACCCGAGAUUGAGCAUGUCGUGUACAAGCCUGGUCGUCAUGGAUUCGCGGUCCGUGGAAACCCGGACGACCCUGCCGAGAGGAAGAUUUUGGAGGACUCUGAGAAGCAGAUUAUUGCCUUUUUGGCCAAGCAUCUGUAG